AUGCUCAUCGAGGUGAAAGAGAAGCUGUUGAAGGAGUGUGAACGGUUGGAGAGAAAGGACACGACUCCAGAACGAGCGUUCAAGGUUAACACUGGACGAUUCAAGGGCAACAAGGGGAACGGUCGCAAGUGGAGCGAUCAGAAGAAAAACGCUAAUGGUUUCGAGGCAAGUGUUUUAAGUGCAACAAAGUUGGGCACAUGA